AUGGCGUUAAGAGGAUUUAACGUCUACUCUAGAAGGUCGGACGACGGAACCUAUAAUGUACUGCUGGAGAAUACUCAUCUUUCCAAAUUUUUACUUUUGCAGAAUGGGGUUUGUGCAGAAUUAGGUAAUUGUCUCGUCAAAUAUGAUCCAUUUAUAGAUAACGAUGAAGGAAGUUCCCUUAAAUCGACGUACAAUAAGAUAAACUCAGGGUAUGGAUUGGCUGGAGUCCUUAAUUUAGAUGAAGGUAAUAAUAAACUUCCGAAUCUAUUGGUGUUUAGCUGACUCCUACCUUGUGGUUAUCACGGGGGCAUUUUCGGAGGGGAAUCUGUUGGGCAACGACAUUUAUAAAGUUACUCAAGUCGAAUUUGUUCCUUUGAGUUUCGAACCUCCUUUAAGACUGGAUGUCAAGUUGGUUGAUGUAGGUUCCCCCGUUUUUAGUUGACUAUUUAUAGAUACAACGAUUGCUUUCUGCCGGCACUUUCUACUUCUCUUCCUCUCAGGAAAAUGGUAGAGUUUUUGAUCUCACCAGAUCACGACAGGAUUCUUUGAAAAAUGGGCCCGACCCUAUUUUUGUAUGGUAGGUUAAUUUGCGCAACAUGACGUCUGAUUUUUAGGAACCUACGACUGAAAUGCUUGUUCGAAAAAUUUUGUGUGAAUACAAGUGAAUGGUGUCAGACUCUGAUUUGUGGAUCGGUGCUUGUCAGAACUAUUUAUGUGUCUCAUAUAACAGCCAAGGUAGCCAUAAUAUCCCGAUUAUCCCAUGAAAGAGUUGGGACGCGGUUCAAUACCCGGGGUGUGGAUGAAAGGGGAUUUGUGGCCAACUUUGUGGAAUCAGAACAGGUUUGUAUAAUGAUUAAGCAAUCCAACUUGAGUAGAUUGUGACAUUCGCAGAAAAAGAAGUUUCCUUUCUCCAAAUAAGAGGUUCGGUACCUUUGUUCUGGGAGCAACCCGGCAUUAAUGUGGGCUCACAUAAGGUUAAAUUACGAUGCCUUGAAAGCUCAUUGAUUGCAUUGAACAAGUCAGUUUGAAGUCUUUUGGCAAUCCUGUUUAGGCAUUAUGAUAUGUUGACUCAGCGCUACCGAAGCAUCAUAACGAUUAAUUUAUUGGGCCAUAAAGAAGGAGAGAAACUGCUGUCGGAGACAUACCAGGUUUGAAGAAUGUCGUAGUUGGAUAAUUCUGUUUUCAGCAUACGUAUAAAAAGUCGAACUAUGCAGAAUUUCCUUUUAAAAAUUUUGAUUACCAUUCGAGUAUGAAGAGCAACAAGAAUUCAGCCAGGGAAUUUGUGAAACACAUAGUCUCUUCCAGUCAUUUCACGGUUCAUUAUUCGGAGUUUGAUUCGAUCAAGCAAAGGCAGAAUUCGGCCGUUCGAACCAAUUGUUUGGAUUGUCUCGACCGCACAAACUGUGUUCAAACUCUGAUUGGGAUUGAGGUAAUAUCUCUCCCUAUUUCAGGAGUUUUUUAGAUGACAAAAGUUCUACUUGAAACAUUGGGCAUAGCGGAUUUGAAAGCCGGGAUUCAACAAAGAUUCGAAGAUGUUUUCAAGGAGAUUUGGCAAAGGAAUGGGGAUCUUUGUUCGUUGAUUUAUACUGGAACCGGUGCAUUAGAUGGGAAGUCCAAAGUAAGAUCAAGUAGGAACGAUCAUGUUUUUAGUUACAAGAUGCUAGCAGAUCGAUUGCCCGCACAAUACAAGGGAACGUAAUGGACUCGGCCAAGCAGGACUCUUUCGAUCUCUUUCUGAUGGGACAUACUUUUGGAAACAAAUAUUACGAUCGCUUGUCUAAUCUUUUGAACCCGUCGUUUGUCAACCAAAAUCCUAUAAUUAACGGUAUGUACUUUGCGUUAUCCCAGGUUUGAAGUGGCUAGAAAAUUUUUUAGUUUAUCAGAUAGUUUCUUUGGUGUUGGGUGGUGGAAGUUAGGGUGAUUCAAAUUCGGGCGGCACAUAUUCGGGUUAUGGCUUUUUGGCGUGGGUGGAUUCUCGGGUGAUGAAGCAAAUAUUAUACUGACGGCUACUAAAUAUGACGUAACAUUGAUUAAAUUUCAAACGUUUCACGAAGGACGGAAAGGUCCGCUAAAAAAAAGAAAAGAAGAGGGCGGGGAGGAGGGGAGGUUUUCGAUGGCGCUGAUUUCGAAUAUCGUAUCCAUUUUUCCUGUAUUUUACAAUUUUGCUUAAGCAGCAGUGUUAACUAGUAAUUUUUAAAAAAAGACGUAAGUUAUAUUGUACUUGGCGUUUUGAUUUUUAGGUGUGACUAGUCUCGAAAAAAAAUUUUUUUGAAAUGUUUUCGCUUCGAGACUUGAAAAAAAGGAUUUUUUGUGAAAUUUGAAUAAAAUUUGAAAUGUUUUCGCUUCGGGACUUCAAAAAACGGAUUUUUUGUGAAAUUUGAAAAAUAAUUUAAAUGUUUUCUCUUCGGGAUUGGGAAAAAAAAGAAUUUUUUGGAAAAUUCAACAAAAUUUUGAAAGCAAUUAAAAAAAAAAUUUUUUUGAGUAAUGGAUUUAGGGGUUUUCGGUGGUGCUGAUAUUGAAAAUUGUAUCCAUUUCUUCUGAAUUUUUUCCUAUCUCCUCAAUUCCUUAAAAUAAAUGUUUUAAUUGGUAAAAACUUGAUCAAACUUGUAUGAUAUUGUAAGAAAACUGAUGCCGCUUUUUUCGUCAUUACAGCGAAAAUGACACUACUGCUUAAGCAAAAUUGUAAAAUUCAGAAAAAAAUUGAUAUGAUUUUCGAAAUCAGCGCCAUCGAAAACCUCCCCCCUCCCUCCCCUCCUGACCGCCCUCAUCUUUCCUUUUUUAGCGGACCUUUCCGCAGCGGACCUUUCCGUACUCAAUCCAAACAUUUUUUGUAAUUAGCAUUCGCACAGCGUUCCGAGCUUUUUUGCCGCCACCGAUUGGUCCCGGUUUUCGCUCAAAAUGACAACAGGGCUGCGCGCCUCAGCUGAUAACUAGCCAAAAAUGAAAGAGUAAAAAUUUGUUUGCAGAUAGAGUAACAAAGGACCUAUUCAAAGAUAUAAAUAGUUUCGAUCAUCUUUCUCUCUGUAACGAUUUAUUUCUCCUACAAAAUUUCAAAAUUUUGUUUUUUAUUCAUGGGAUAAUUUUCAAAAUUGCCUCUUCUAUGGAAUAUCCAAAACUAAGAAAAAUUCUGGCUCUUGGGGCUCUACGAAAUACAAAAAAAAAAGUAUUUUAUGUUUUUGCAUGUUUUCGGAUUUUUUUCAACCGGAUACACAAAAACGCAAGAUCGGCCCUUGUAGUUCAUACUCGAUUACAUAUAUCUGACAAAUUUCACGUUUUCAUCUCUACUCCCUGCUUUCCGAGCCCGUUUAGGUGUUAACAAGGGCUCGAAAAAACCUCGUCCCUUGGUUUUUGCUUGAAACAUAUACCAUUUGAAAGAGCGUAAAAAACUGGUCUAGGAUCACCUUUAAUUAGCUGCUAUUAUUCAUCUACGCGCUGGCUAGCGAGCGUUUUUUUAAAAUUUCCAAAUUUGACCUUGCAAUGGGGCAUCCUGGAGGGUUGAAACUUUCAAAUGCGAGUGCCCGCUAAUGGAAAGUACGUAAUUGAGUCUGAAAACGUCUUACAUGUUUGAAACAUCUUUGUUUGUCUUGGGUUACGGGACCUAAAACAUCGCGUAAUCACUCGUUUAGUACAUCAAAUGUUUAUACUUUUCGGAAUAGGUUGAAGAGUUUAAUCUCAUAGUUGACUUAAUAUUUAUAUGAAAAGUGAUUGUUCGAUUCCGUUCGCCCCUCAGAAGCAAAGAGUUCCAAAAUUCCAUUUGGAAAUUUUCGGGUAUUUAUGGGUAUAUUCAAAUUACUUUUGCAUUCAAAAAAUUUUAAAAAAAGUCGAGUUUUGUUAUAAAAAAUCAAUAAAUGUUGACAUUUUGUCAUAAUUUGUUUUUUGCCUCUCAAAACUUGGUUCUAAGGUUGAAAUUUACUUGGCCGGAGUCGGAAAAUGAACGGGGAAAAAUUGAAAAUCUGACUGCCAAAAUUGUUUUUUAUUGGAUUGCUAAACUUUUUGAUUGUUAAAGUACUAGUUUUGUUUGUAGUAGUUGGGAAAAUAGAGAAUAUCACUCCAAACAUGAUUAGGUUAAUGAAUAACUUGCUACUUAUUCAUUAACGACUUCAUAUUGGUACUAUAUUGGACUAAUUUUGGCUAAUUUUAUAAAUACCCGAAUAUACCCGAGAUUUCGGGUAUAUACCCGGGAAUAUACCCGGGUAUAUACCCGCGUGGUGAAUAUACCCGAAUUUUCCGAACCCUAGCUGAGACCCGCCAGUUUUAACCGAUUGAAUUUUAAAAAAAUAUAUUUUGAAUUGACCUUUCUAUGCCUUCCCAAAGUUUUGAAGAAUUAUUUUCGAGCCGAAAUCACUAAAACUCAAAAAGAAGGACGAGACAAACCUAGAACUAAAAAAUGCUAUUGCUCGCUAGCCAGCGCGUAAGUGAAUAAUAGCAGCUAAUUCAAGGUGAUCCUAGAGACCAGUUUUUUACGCCCUUUCAAAUGGUACACGUUUCAAGAAAAAAACCAAGGGACGAGGUUUUGCCGAGCCCUUUUAAGACGACGCCGCAAAGGGUAUUCAUUUUUUUUAAAUUUUUUUCUUAACUCAACGAGGUUGAGACUAAACGCCUAAACAAGCGUGCGUUUAGGUAACAAAAUGGUUUUUAGUGCCAGUUCAGAAUUACUUAUAUUUACGUUUAUUUAUUUGCAAGUGUCCAAACAAACGUCGGAUGCCCGCAAACUUUGAGGCGCGAAAAACAAUAGGAUACCUGACCUCACUCAUUUUAGAAGAAAUACAUUUUGUUCAUGAGUUGGUAAACCGACGGUGUGAAUACACCCUGCCAAGCCCGAUUGGCAUAUUUGUCGGAACUUGGAAUGUAAAUGGCGGCAAGAACAUGUACAAUGUAGCCUUCAGACACGAGCAAUCUUUGACGUCCUGGAUAUUCCCUGAGGUCAUACACCGACCGUACGAUCUCGUUGCCAUUGGGCUUGAGGAAAUAGUCGAUCUCAAUGCUUCUAACAUUAUGAAAGCAGGGUAACCAGAAUAUUUAAAAGAGCGUUUUUUACAGAUUAAGGCUUUUCACGACAAGUCACGUUUCCAAAAAUCGAAAAUCUCAGAAUCUUUUGCAAUUUUGCAUUGUUGUUGUACUAGGGCAUCUGAACGUCAGUGCUAAUUUUAAGGUUCGGAAAUUACCGUAUACCGGGGUUACAGUAGAUCCAAUAUUCAGAAUGAUUGGGUUGAUGUGCAAACGCACUUGGGGAUAAAGGGAAAAACCCUUUUUUUUACGUUUAAGCGAUAUGGAACAUUUUUAUAAUUGACAGUUUUGUUGUAGGAUGUAGCCUUCGACAACUUUGCAAAAUACCAAGGUACCGUUUUGGAUGAAUCUGUUUUUUUAGAAGCCUUCUCUCUACUUUUGAAAGCUUUCAAAAAUACUUUAACAUAGAUGUUACAAGGUAUAAAAAUCCAGGAAAAUAAAAAAAAGGGGUGGGGUUUGGAGUUAUAAACAAAAAACGCUCUUUUAAAUUACAACGGUUUUGUAGAACUACCAAUCAAAGAAUUUGGCUGGAAGGAAUUCUGAAAGUCCUAAAAGAAAACUGUGGCAUCGAUUACUCUGUUCUGGCUUGUGAGCAAUUGGUUGGGGUCUGUUGUAUUAUUUUGGCCAGACCAGCGCUGAUACAUCGAAUAAAACAAUUGGACGUUGAUGAAGUGAAGACGGGAGCCGGGGGAACCAUCGGAAACAAGGGAAGCAUAUCUGCUAGAUUAGUGGUAGAUUCCACUUCUAUUUGUUUUAUCGUCUCUCAUUUUGCUGCAGGGCAAAGCGAGGUUAAAGAGAGAAACGACGAUUUUCAUACAACUGUGAGAAAGAUAAAAUUCGAAAAGGUAAUCAGUCACUGUCUGCAAUAAAACCUUUCAGGGAAGACAGGUGACAAUGCAUGAUGUCGUGUUUUGGUGUGGUGACUUCAAUUAUAGAAUCAACCUUCCAUCCGAGGAAGUAAAGUCCAUGGUCAGAAAUUGUGAAUUCGAACGGCUACAAGAGUCAGAUCAACUUCUCCAACAGUUGAAUCAAGGAAACGUAUUCGUCGGUUUCAAAGAAGGGCGUCUCAACUUCGCGCCCACGUAUAAAUACGACACUUUUAGUGAUGACUAUGAUACAUCCGAAAAAUGCCGAGCCCCCGCAUGGACAGAUCGAGUUCUAUGGUUUAAUGAGAAGGAUAUGGAUGUCCAUCAAAUACAGUAAAUAAGUGUGAAAUGAAUUAAGUUUUAAUUUAGCUAUGGACGAUCCGAACUAAAAACAUCGGAUCACCGACCAGUCGCCGCAAUCUUCGACUUGUAUACGAAGAAAAUUGAUUCGAAAAAGAUGUCUGAAGUGGCUGAAGACAUAUUGCAGUAAGGUAAUAUGGAGGUUUAACCGUCAUUUCCAGCUCCAUUGGAAGCCCGGAUUAUGUUGUUAUAUGCACCGUGAGUAACACGGAUCCUCUGACGAUUCCUACUAAGCUGAUCAUGCAUAAACUGAAUUCAGAAUUAAUGCUACGGCCCGUUGCCAAAAGGUAUUUUGCGAUUAACCACAGUAUUUUCAAUAUUUAUAGAAUAUCCUCAUCCGGUCUACUACUGUACUUUCAAAACAAUGUAGAUGCCAUAACAGCACUCAGUAUGGAUGGAAUUGAAAUAAGUCCGGGUCAUCGGGUGGCUGUUCAACUCAGAACCCAAGAAUGGAUUGCGGAGUACUCCCGCAAACUUAAGGAGAACAUUUUACAACCGUACUCUGCUGCCUCAACCCCCGAGGUAGAUUCAAUAGAAUUAAUAGAGAAACUAAACUUGGUCGCCUCUCCUCUCGGCGACCCGCCAAUUCCUUCAGUUCCACCUCGUCCGGUAUUUCCCACAAGAUUCCAGUGACCAUACAUUCCACUUUUCUUUCAGAUCUCAUGGCUUUAUGUCAAACAAUAA